AUGGCGGCUUUCGACUCCGGUCAGAGCGCAGUCGCGGAGAAGGAGGGGUUGCUUGAUGGUCGACGCAUUGGCUCAAUGCGCCGAAAGCCAGCGAGGCGCACAGUUGUGGGCACUGUGACGCUUCUGGGCUGUGUGUUGCUGACGGCCGUGUACCUGGUGACCGGGUAUAAUCGCCUGCGCGACCAACUCCCCUGCUUUCAGCAGGGUUUCCAGAAGGUGUGCGAGACUCCCCGGCACAAGCACAAAUGCACCACCCGCAGUGGCGGAUACCAAUGCUUUGCGCCCGUCUCCCACCGCUGGGGCAUGUACUCGCCAUACUUCUCGCUUGCCUCAGAGUCCAGUCUCUCGGGUGAUGUGCCACCGGGCUGCCAGAUCACAUUCGCCCAGGUGCUCUCCCGACAUGGCGCGCGGUAUCCAACCGAAUCUAAAAGCUACAAAUAUGCGGAGCUUGUUGCUGCCAUCCAAGCCAAUGUAUCCUCAGUUACGGGCAAGUACGCGUUUCUGCGGUCGUACAACUACUCGCUGAUCAGUGAGGACUUGACGGCCUUUGGAAAGGACCAGAUGGUAGACUCUGGGGUGGAAUUCUAUCAGCGGUAUGAGGCGCUUGCUGCGCAGACAGUGCCCUUUAUCCGCGCAUCUGGCUCGGACCGAGUGGUGCUAUCGGGAGAGAAGUUCAUCGAGGGAUUCCAGAAAGCCAAGGACCGUGACCCGAAUGCGGAUCUCCAGCAGCCCUUCCCGGAAAUCAAUGUUGUGAUCCCGGAAGAAAGCGGCUUCAACAACAGUCUCGACCACGGCUCGUGUCCGCGCUUUGAGGACAGCCAGCUGGGCGAAAAGGCUGAAGAUCACUGGAUUGCCGUCUUCGUACCGCCUAUUCAGCGCCGACUGAGACAUGACCUCCCCGGCGUUCGUCUUUCCAGGAGAGAUGUCGUUCAUUUGAUGGACAUCUGCCCAUUCGACACCGUCUCGCGCACCCCCGAUGCGAGCGAGGAAUCCCCCUUCUGCGCUCUCUUCACGGACCACGAGUGGUCCCAGUACAACUACCUGCAGUCUCUAUCCAAGUACUACGGCUUCGGUGGCGGCAACUUCCUCGGUCCGGCACAAGGCAUCGGGUUCGCCAACGAGCUAAUCGCCCGUCUGACACAAUCCCCCGUCCAAGACAACACAAGCACAAACCACACCCUCGACGCACCCGACGCGGCCUCUUUCCCGCUUAACGCGACUCUCUACGCAGACUUUACUCAUGACAACGGCAUGAUACCCAUCUUCUUCGCGCUGGGCCUGUACAACGGCACAGCCCCGCUGCCUACUUCGCAUGUUGAAUCCGCUGCAGCUGCAGGCGGGUAUUCCGCUGCGUGGACCGUGCCGUUCGGGGCUCGCGCUUACAUCGAGAUGAUGCAAUGCUCAAAUGAACACACCCAGGAUGGCGACGGCAGUAUCCCGGACGAAGAACCCUUCAUCCGCGUCCUCGUCAACGACCGCGUCGUUCCGUUGCACGGUUGUCCCAUUGAUGAUCUUGGCCGCUGUCGGCGGGAUGACUUUGUCCGCGCACUGAGUUUUGCAAGGGAGGGUGGGAACUGGGAUCAGUGUUUUGCAUAG